AUGGAUCAUUCGACACGAUUCCGCCUGCACAACUGGCUGCGCAGUCGCAGAAAGCUCUUUCAGAGCCGCAUGUGUCUUCUGAUGCUCGUCAUGAUCAACUUUGUGAACAGUGUCAUUCUGACACUUGAGAUUUGCGGCGAGGAUUCGAACGUAAGUCCCCAUCCUUCUUUCGAACCUACCGUAACCCAGAAUCCCUUCCAGAUGACGCUCCUCAUGUUCUUCAUCAACACGUUCGUCGUGUUUCUCUCCAUGUACGGCCUCUACAAUUCCGUCCCGUCUUCCUCUCGCCCAACGUCCUCCUCAAAAUCAUUCUCUCCUCAUCGGCCCUUUUCUACGGCCUCCAGAUGGCCGAGACCACCUCCAAUUCGGCCAUUUUUGUGUGGCUCACCAUCUCGAUCGUCUUCUUCAUUCUCGAGAUUCACACCAUGUUCUCCACCACUUUCGACAUCAUCAAACAGUUGAAUUUGCGAGCCUACAGUAAACCGCCGCCGAAUUACAAUCAAGUGAGUGAUCCGCGAGCUUUUGAAACAAACGGAACUGAAAGAUCCGUUUGCAGGUGAUGUCGAUCGACGUUCCGCCGCCGUCCUACGAAGAAGCUCUCGUGCGGCUCCAACAGAAUCGGGCUCCGGUGCACUGCUCGCCGCCCGUAGAGCUCAACUCUUGCGAUCUCGCUCAUUUGGUCGUCUAG